GUUCAGGGUGAAACUCUGUCUCACAAUGACGAGCUGCUAUUGUUUCAAUUUUAUUUAACUAAAGUACAGGAAGAGUGAUGGAUGAAGUACAUGCUGCAUCAUCUUGGUAAUCUGGGGCAAAACACGAUAGUAUGAUUUUGAAGAUCUGGCAACGCUCGGAGGGACGGACACAGCGUAGUGCGCGCUCGCCGCUCUGGCCGGUAUCUUUGUGCUUAGCUCGGAGCUAAAGCUGGUAAGGUUUGUGUGAAAAUAUCUAAUGCCUCAGCGCCGAGAUCUUUGCUGAAGGAGCGGAGCGCGAGGAGGAACCGAGCCGCUCCACAGACAGAACCAGAGGAAACCGGAGCGCAUGGAGACGGCGCAGAGUCCGAGAGCCGCGCUGCUCCAGGCGGGAAUGCAGACGAGUCUCCCAACGAGUCCCGGGCCCGGUCUGAACCCGGGUCUGACCCAGGACCUCCCAGAGACCGCACAGAUUAAAGAGGAGCCAGAGGAGCCGCGCAUCAAACAGGAGGAAGAGCCGCUGCCAGUAUCCAUCUCAGAGUCCAGUGGUGUGUACGUGAAGACAGAAGAGACGCCCCUGCUUCAGCAAACUGAGCUCAAAAAAGAGGAAGAGGACGUCAGUUUAGAGACACAUGUCCCUAAAGAAGACACACAGGAAGAGGACAUCGCCUCAGAGACAGAAGAAGACACAGAGCACUCCUCUGACACUGACAACGAUGAAGACUGGAGAGCUCCAUUCAGCUGCUCAGAUGACGAAGACUAUGACCAAGUCCAGACCAGAACCAGAGGCACCACUGCUCGACCUCCCAAAAACAGAUCUGCACCAGAGAAAAGUGCCACCGCGAACAGUGGAGACGAGUCAGCAACACCUGAAAGAACUAGGAGCAAGACUCAGCACUGCCCUGUUUGUAAAAAGAAGAUAAAAGGGAGUAAAUGUGAUCUACAAAAACACAUUAGGAUUCACACAGGAGAGAAACCUUACAGCUGUUCAACUUGUAGCAAAGCAUUUUCCACUAAGUCAGCUCUACAUUCACAUAUUAGGAUACACACAGGAGAGCGACCUUACAGCUGUUCAACCUGUAACAAAACAUUUUCCACAAAUUCAGCUCUACGUGCACAUACAAGAACACACACAGGGGAGAGACCUUUCAGCUGUUCAGUCUGCAAGGAGAAAUUUUCCACUAAGGCGGUUCUACAAGUACAUCUACGAAAGCACACAGGAGAGAAACCUUACAGCUGUUCAGUCUGCAACAAAUCCUUUUCCCAGCUGGCUAACCUCCACACUCACGGACGGACGCACACGGGUGAAAAACCAUUCAGCUGUGCCUUCUGUGGGAAAGAUUUUGCCGGCGUCUCUGGGCUAAAGCAUCACAUGAGUUUGCACACGGGGGAGAAACCAUUCAGCUGUUCGAACUGUAAUAAGGCUUUUUCUAAUAAGUAUAAACUCAGCUCACAUAUGAGGACGCACACAGGCGAGAGACCUUACAGCUGCUCCACCUGUAACAAAACAUUUUCCUAUAAGAGUGCUCUGGUUGUUCACAGUAGAAUACACACCAGAGAGAGACCUCAAGUGUGUUCUUUCUGUAAGCAAACGUUUCCCUCUAAAGCGGAGCUGCGAGUACACAUGAGGACGCACAGAACAGCCCCGCAGAGCCCCGCUGUGGGCCUGGUCACACACGCCGGUGCCGCCCCGGUGCACACGCUGCACACUGGGCCUGUUUACAUCAUCGUCGGUCCAGUUCUCGUUCAGACACAAAACGCCUCAGUCACCCCAAACGUCGCACCAUGAACUACGAGGGGACAUCAGCGGACCAAACGACUUAUCUCCAUGGCAACAGACUUCGAGUGGACAGAGCCGCAUGGACAGCCUAUCGACAGGUCUUUCACUUAAACCCGGGAGGGCGAUGUGCGCUGGUGGAGCAGAGAAAAAGCUUAUGUUAUUAGGUUCUUUUUUCAGACCGAGUUUGAUUUCAUACCUGACAGUUUCGACUACUCACUAGCGAUCUUCCUCAGCGUCACGUGAUGUUGCUGUGAUGUGUCCUCUCAGCUGAUUUCAACAGGUUUUUUAUGCUGUCUUCUACCAGAGGAAGGUGAUAAUAAAGUUUUAGAUGAACACAAAAGCUUCAGGUUGUUCUCAUACACUGCCACUACUUCACUCGAACUCAGCAGCUGGAUUCUGGAGCGCAGUAAACAGCCACUCUUCUCCCUCUGUAGAGCAGCUCCUCUCAUGCUCUGGAGCUCCUCACGCUGUACCACACAGUCCCCAGUGAAUGUAACAGAAUGAAAAAAGUGCUUGGACCAGAGGAUGUAUGAAAGGGCACUGUGGAGCUUGCCGUUUCUGUAUUUGGUUUAUUUGGUCUUCCGAUAAUUUUUAUUAUUAGGUGCUUUUUUUCCAGACCGAGUUUGUUUUUAUACCUGACAGUUUUGAUUGCUCACUAACGGUCUUCCUUAGAGUCACGUGAUGUUGCUGUGACAUGUCCAGUCAGCUGAUUUAUACAGGUUUUGGCCCUGUCUUUCUACCACACAGUCCCCAGUGAAUGUAACAGAAUGAAAAAAGCGCUUGGACCAGAGGAUGAAUGAAUAGGCGCUGUAGAGCUUGACGUUUUUGUGUCUUGCCUCAGAAAGCUUUUUCUCUCCAUUGAGGUUCAUUUGGU